GUGGCUGCUUUCACGUGGGUAUAAGAACCUGCUCGCUGCUGACCAUGCCAGCUCAUUGCGAUCAGUGGACUUUGUUAAUACGACAUCUUGCGUAUCAUGUUCUCCCAGGGUCUUGCAAGGCUCUGCCUUGUGGUGCCUCUUCUCCUCUCGGGGACGCUGGCUUGUUCGCGUGUCACCUACAAUAGCGGUGCACAAGAUGGAAACCGUACCGUCAUCGGCCGAUCCAUGGAUUGGUUGACUCCGACGAAUUCGAGCGUUUUCGCCUUUCCGGCAGGCCUCAAGCGCAACGGGUCCGCAGGCAGCAAUUCAUUGAACUGGACGAGCAAGUACGGCUCGGUUAUUCUCACGGCCUAUGACCUGUCAACAUGUGAUGGCAUGAACGACCAGGGUUUGGUCGCAAACCUUCUUUACCUGGCAGAUGGUGAUUACGGCACCAGGAAUGCCUCAAUGCCAGCCAUGUCUCUUGCAAUUUGGCCACAGUAUUUCCUGGAUUUAUAUGGCACUGUCGCCGAGGCAGCGAAUGAUCUUUUCAACAAAGACGGCCAGGCCAAAUUCCAAGUGCGCACCAAAGACCUGAUCCCAGGCGUGCCAUCCUUGAUGCACGUCUCCCUCAGCGAUGCUACAGGCGACAACCUCAUACUUGAAUGGCUCAAUGGAAAAUUGGUUGCUCAUCAUGGAACCCAGUACAAUGUGAUGACAAACGAGCCCAGUUUCGAUCAACAAUUGGCGAUCAACGACUACUGGUCGACCAUUGCGAAUUACUCGCUUCCAGGGACCGACCGACCAGCCGACCGCUUCGCCCGCCUUGCGCAUUAUAUCGAUGUUGCACCAGGCGCCACAGACUUGGUCUCAGCUUUGGCCACGACUGCUGGCAUGAUCCGAGCCGUGUCUGUACCAAUGGAGCCCAUCAACGUCAAUACCCCCAACAUCACGCCCACUCUUUGGAGAGCUUUUGCCGACACAAAGGACUUGGUAUACUAUUAUGAGAGCGCCACGGAUGGAAAAUUCUUCUGGGUAGAUCUCACGCAGUUGGACUUGAGCAACAAAGGUCAUACGCUGGAAUUGCCCCUGGUGGGCGUCAAUUGGACUGAGAGAGUUGGUGACAUGACCACUCAUCUUGUGAAGUCCACACCAUUUCAAUUCAUGGAGGCUGACAAUUGAUGCUGUUUCAUUUCAAGGCUCCGCUGGCGUGGAGGAGUUAAUUGAGCAUGGUGGACUUCAUAUUCCGAAUGAUGAGGAAGAAUUCCAGCUCAUAAUGUUUUUCUUGUCGUCCUCAUAGGUGGUGCACACUCUAGGAAGUCUCCAUCCUCCUUUUGGCAUUCGACUGGAUAUUCACUUGCUGCGCUUCCGAUAAAUGGCAGUGGCUGUCCUGGCUGCCGUACACCAGGGAGGCCGUGCAUGUGGAUCUCACGUAGGCCGUGCAAGUAAACUCUCACCGCAGUGAAAGUAAGAUGAUGCCAUCUCACUGUCUGAUAUCAAUCCAAUUGUCAGUCAAUCUCAUUCAGAAGGCCGGUGGGUACGGCAAUUUCGGAAAUUUUCAACUCGUUCAAAACCAAUCGGCAAUUGAUGAGCACAUGGGAGAAAGGAAAGGCAUGGGCUUUGCCAUGUCUCUGAUCUACCGACGAUGACAUGAUAUGGACCACACUUUCACGAUUCAAGGCCUACUGAGCGGACGGUGGCAGGGUAGAUAGAUAUCUUCUGGUGGAAAAGGAGACGGAGGUCAAUAUUGGGAAGGGCCAUUUUGUAGUACGGAGUAUAUGCUGCGGAAGUGCAGUUUUGUAUCGUAGGUGCAACGUGUAAUACAGACUUCAG